CCCGCUGCAAUCACCUCUCAACCAUCAAGGAUAGAGCCAGCCUCGCGAUGUGGCUCUCAACGGAGGAAUGUGGAGCUCUCGUGGCUGCACGGGUGGAAGCGAUCCCCGAAAUAAACAGAUAAAUAGGCUGGAAGAAGAGGGAGAGCUGCGGAUGCAGAUAACGGCGCCGGCGAAAGCCCUGCAGCGAGAUUUAUGGGCCAGUCUGCCUUGGUUGUGUUGGUGGGGGAUUAAUAGCAGCCAUAAAGAGGUGGGAGGGGGACUGUGGGUAGCAGGAGGACAGGAGUGAAGGCUCUGUUGGAGGGGAAGACGGGAAAGGGUGAGUGUGGAGAAGAGAGAGAGGGGAGUAGAUAAAGCUGGAGUCGGGACCAUGAGCUCCGCACUGCCCUACGACUCCCUGUCGGCCCGGCCGAGUCCCAGCAGGCAGGUUCUGGACUGGGAGCGCGAGCAGCUCGCGGUGCGUAGACUGUCCUCCGCACGCAGCCUGGACCUGCUCACUCCUCUUCCUCCUCCUCCUCCUCUUCCUCGCCGCCUGUCAGCCAUCCCCGGCUACCUGCUGCCUCCGUACCAGGAGCAGGAGGAGCGGCUCCAGCAUCAGCAGCAGCAGCAUCAGCAGCAGCAGCAGCAGCAGCAGCAGCCGCAGCAGCGCCUCUCCUUGUCCAUGUGCUCAGAGGCCUCCCUGGCGGCGCCGGCACCUCCGCCCGGUGCCGCGGCGGCGCCCUGCUGCCGCGCCGUGGGAGUCAUGCACCUCCUCCGCCUGGCUCUCCUGGCCUUCAGCUGCCUCUUCUGGGCCGCGGGCCUGGCCAUCUUCACCCUGGGCGUGUGGGCCCAGAUCUCUCUGGCGGACUACAUGAUGCUGUCCUCCAACCGGUACCCCAACGCCCCGCUCAUCCUGGUCUCCACGGGCGCCGCCGUCACCGCCUGGGGCUUCCUGGGCUGCCUGGGGGUGGCGGCCAACCUGCCGUGCGUGCUCAGGUCCUACGGCUUCUUCCAGCUGGCCGCGCUGGUCGCCGGGUUGGCCGCGGGCCUCUCCGGCCUGUUCUACCGCCAAGACAUCGCCGGCGGGUUUCGCAGCGGCCUGCAGCGAGCGGUGGCCGGCUACACGCAGGACGAGGGCCGCGCCGACGCCCUGGACAGUCUGCAGAGGGCCCUGGAGUGCUGCGGAGCCGAGGGCUGGCGCGACUGGCUCACGUCGGACUGGGCCAUCCAGCACAUGAGCUUCCUGCCCGCCGAGAACGGCACCUCGGUGUCGCUGCCGGACAGCUGCUGCGUGCGGCGCAAGGGCUGCAGGAACCGCCCGCUGCUGCCGGACGACAGCGAGGACGUGGCCGCCGCCGGGAUCCACCCGCACGGCUGCUUCCGCAAGGUCUUCAGCCUGGUCAACGACAACGUGUUCCACAUCGCCGCCACGGCGCUGGGCCUGGCCUUCAUCCAGAUCGGCGGCAUCGCGCUGGCCUGCCUGCUGGCCAACAAGACGGCGCCGCGGCAGCGCCGCCGGGUGGUGGCGCACUGAAAGGUCGUGACCUUUAGCGAAAAGUCUGCGGGAGUGGAAUAAUCGACGACCUCCCGGCUCUGUUUCACUCUUUGCACAAAUCUACAAAGACUGGACAGUGAACUGUUGACACAAAUUUAAUGUGAACGUAUGUGAAGUGACUGAGAUGUCUAGUUGUACGCUUUGAUGGCAUGAUUUAUGUAGAAUGUAUAAACACGCCGAAUGUCCAAUCCUGUGGGAGAUCUGGACGCGCAGGAAUGUCCACCAGCAGUUUUCCACCUUGGGUUUAGUCUGCGUGCAGCAGAUGUUCCCUCCGAGGACGUGAUGGGGUUCUUCCAUCGCGACGGCCGCCGCGCCCCGCGGAGCUGUCGCCGUCUGCCGAGCUGCGAUGCCGUUCGACCGCGUUGUUUAGUUUGUAUGUGCGAAACUGAAUUCUUUUCAUGACACAACUUCGGGCGUUGCGUCAGCAUGAGCCACAUGCUGGGCGGUCUGUCAUUAGCAUGCGUCAGCCAGAAGCAUUGCUUCACCGUAAAAGUUGGGCACAGUGGGAACAGGCGUGUGAGUCACAUUUAACACAUUCACAUUUAACACGGGCACGUUCAUCUCAUCUGUGUGUGAAGGUCCUUCAAUAUAAGGUCAAAGGUCAUUUAUUGCUGUUGUAAUAUGUCCCACAUUCAAUAAUAUGGCUUGUAAUCUAUUGUAAUAGCUACAAAUGGUGCGAGCAUGCAUGAUGUGUAACAGUAAACUAAUAAAACCCUGGAUGUGUAUUGA